AAAAACUGGCAAGAAAAUAUAUUAACUGUGAUCGUGUGAGAUACUCCAGAAAUAAUACGAGUUAAACAAUUCAGAAUAAAAGAAACUAAUAGUUGUGAUAUUAGUGGAUUGUUGUGCCGAAUAUUGUCACCUAUAUACCACUCGUGCGCAUUGAUUUGAAACACGUGCUGCUAGUACAACGUAAAUUGACACUAACCAAAUUUCACGGAACGUAACAAAAUAUUCCGUUGUAUCCACAGAAAUGGACUGUACCAUGAUUCACAAUCGAAGUCUUGAAAAAGUCGUUGUCAAAGAGGAACUUCCCGAUGAAGCGGAAAUCCGAGAAUUGGCUGCCAAAAUGGUGGAAGCAAACAAGGCGAAAAUGGUUUAUGGUACACAGGGAGUCCAGCCACAGCAAAGACCUCCGCAAUGUCUCGUCUCGCAACCUAGUAUUAUAGGAUAUCUAAAUAAACGACCAGCAGAUUCGUCGACUACCGUAGCAGCGAAAUCACCACCAGCGGAAGGGAAACUACCGCCGGACGACGAGAGUCAAAGGGGCAGAUUCGGAUGGACAAGUUUCGACGAUUGUUACAUACCAUAUAUAUUCCGCUCCGGUGAGAAGUACUGCGCUGUACGGAUCUUAGAAUCUAAGUUGUUACACAAGUACCUGAGUUACCUGCACUCGGACAUCUACAGUUGUACGUGUAUAAGGAGUUAUUAUAUUACGGAAGCGGAGAGUAAAUUGUUCACCGAAAUAAACGCGAAACACUGCGAGAAUCAAUUCGGAAGAGAGCAGUUUACAUGUAAAGACUUAGUGGUCCGAUUGUCGGACGCGAAAGAGUUUUAUACGUUUCUUGAUGUGUGUUAUACGAAGUUGACAGCAGGCACGAAUCCCAACGUCUCGAACGGCGGGAAACCCGAGAAAUGUGGGUUCAUACGAAUAAAUAAGGAAUCUGUAGUUCCUUAUACGGUGAAGGACGGUCUUCAAUACGUUCCCCUCUUUUAUUUCGAGGGCGAGACCGAGAAUCUUAAGUUGAAAGCCGAGAAGUUAGAAGGUUGGGACUUGUCGUAUUUGAAAUUUUGUUGCAAAGUACAGGGUAUCCGUAACGAACUGUUCGCGAGUGAAACGUGCUCGGUGAUUAGUUUGAACGACAUUAAAAGUUACUUCCCUCCGGGAACUGGAUUCGAGGAUUACUGGCCGACCAAAGUGAUGGACUCUCAGUUGUUAGUGAAUAGUAAAGGUGGUGGUAGCGGUGGCGGUUGGACGAAACAGCCUCCUACACCGCCAGCGAGCAAACCGCAAAAUAACGUACAAAAUAAUGUGAAUAAACCGGUAGUUAAUGCACGUGCUACCCCUCUUCAUAAUAUACUACCACGUGGAUCUGUCGCGAACACGCCGCAAAUACAGCAACGCGUUAGUCAACCUAGGCCUGUCGCAACGACCCACCCUGCGCAUUCCUCACCGACGGCACUUUCUUCGGGCAGAUCGAACAUCGUCACACAACCGAUGUUGAACACGGUGCAAAAUGUUAACGGAGGAUGGGCAGGUCUCGUCGGUGGGCAACCCACCUUCCAGACGGCACUUGUCUCUCAACCUAAUUCCAUCAUACGAACGUCUUCAUCAUUGAACAUGCACAGUCCAAUAUCUACGCAACCAAAAACGUAUUCUCAACAAUCCAGGAGUAGAGGGGGUGGUAACAAUGCAACAGCUCAGUAUCCUGGAGUAUAUCCAGUUACCACUAUGCAAAGUAUUACUCAACCACCCCCUCUGAUCAGAGCAACAGUCCAUUCCAGUCAACCUAAUCUUGGUUAUCCAACCUAUGGGAAGGAUGACUGGGUUACGUCAACGUAUACUACACCUUCUUUGGGUGUACCUAAUGCUGUCACAGCAAGUACGUACCCUCAAAUGCUUGGUUUAAGUGAACAAGUACAAGCACUGAUGCCGUCACCCACUUCGGUAUCUAGCUUGUUACAUCCGCAAAGGCAUACACCAUCCGUGCAUAAUACAUCUCACACAAAAUAUCCACCACCAUUAAUACCAGUUAAUGGUAGCAAUAACAGCUCCAGGGAUUCAAGGGGCAGAAAACCGUUAAUACCAAUAUCGGAAACGCAUAUGACAACCUGUCAAGUUCAACCUUAUCAAAUUCAAAAAGCUCUAGUUGAAGAUAAAAUGGUACCUUGUAUUAAUUUCAAGCCAUACGUGUACUCUGAAUUAUUGAUGACACUCCCUGACUUCGUUGCUCAGUAUUUCCCUUCUUGCGACAUCAAUAGUUGUCGGCAUGUUCUCACGGACGUUUUGCACAUAGACCUUUAUCAAGGAAAUAGGCUACAAAUGAAGAUGUUAAUGGAAGCAGGAAAGUGUUCGUCUUUGAACGAAGAGUUACCGUUAAUACAAGUAAAGAGUAUAAUGAAAUUCAUGCCUCAAUUGAAAUACAUGUUUAAUAGAGGUAGUGAAAUGGGAAUGCCUGCGCCUGCACACUCCUCCGAGGAACACCCCGCCAAAAAGCGUCAACGCACCAGCUAGGACUGGCUACAGCCUUACUGGCCUACUUACGACUAUUACCACUCAGCAAUUUAAAACAAAAAAGCUGAGAAAAUUGACUUGUAUUCGAACAAGCAUUAAUGUGCUCUAAAAAAACAAAUCUAUAUUGACGUAAUGUGCUACUAAGAGUGCACAUAACUGAAAAUUACCUUUUAUAAUACACGAAAUCUAUGACACUGAUGUGAACUAUUUCUUUCUCCAAAGUGUAUCUGUUGAUAAAGAUUACGCUUGUAAAUAAAAAUUAAAAAUGUAUAAAAUUACUGUUGCAUAGUUUAGCAACUUGCGUAUGCUUUUAUAUAUAACAAUUAUUAACAGGUUUCUUUUUAAAUUCUCGUUUAAGAUCUAGUUGUCGACAAAGCGACAAAUACCAUAAAUAUCAUAAGUAUCAAUGUCAUUCCUAGUUUUUCUUUUUUAUUUUAUUUUAUUUUUCUACCUCCGCUUCAAUUACAUAUGGUAUUUCUUUGUAAAUAAAAUGAAAGUUCUAAUAUCGAUGUAAUCGGAGAAAGAAAUGAAGAAUCGAUGAUCAUUCGUUAAAAAAUACAAAAUCCUGUAGGUGUGUUGUUCAAGAUUUAACUAUGUCGCGCGCAUGUUGGACGGAUAUCAAAAGGUUUUGGCAUUUGUAUAUUUAAAGAGAUGGGGAGUAAUGCUUCUUCAAGUUCCUAGCUAUUACUAAUAUGUAUCCUGAUAACUGCAGAAAAAUAAUUUAAAACUGUUAUUAAAUCACAGCAAACGAUUUAAUACGAAUUGACGCGAGUUGAACGAGACUCAUUAAGAACAGAAACAUUCUAGGUUUUGAAUGUUGAGAAAUACUAUUUUCUAAAACUCUCUUCUCUACGAUACACCGUACACAGCGAUGCAGAUAACCUUGAUUCGAGGUUGUCAGUGUCUAAACUGUCUAAGUCAAUAAAACACAAACGCAGUUUAGGAUACUAUUAAAAGUAUUAACAGUCGAUGAGAUAUGUGUUAUCAGUAAUUGCGUGGUUUUUACAGCUAUUUAAAAUGCGAAUAAAAUGAUGGAUAUCCAAGUCACAAUAUUCUCUUUAAUUCCGUUAAUAAAAUACACCUACUAUUUUUAUCGUUUUACGAUUGGGAUGUCUAUGGCAUGGAAAAUUAAAUUUCAGUUUAUCCUUAUGAAGAUAAAAGAAAGUUAUUAAGCUUUCUUUAUUACCUAACUACCAGUUCUAACAUUUAAUGAUUAUUUGUUAAAGCAUAUCUCAUGUGCUUGUUGAUAUGAAAUGUCUGUCUAUACAGUUAUAUGACAAGAAAAUGGUAACAAGUUUGCGAAUACUUUGAAGGACAAAAAGAUGAACAAAAAUAUCUUGACAUGGCAAAAUUUACAAAAUCCGCCUGAGAUUGUCUUCCGGUUUAAUCCUCAUAUAGGUACAAAGCUAAAUUGAUGUAGUAUAAUUUAACAGAGUUUAAUAUAAUUUCUUAUACGUAAACGUUCACGAAGAUAUCUGAUUUUCAGUUGAACUUGAAAAGAAUAGUAAAUUAUACAAGUGAGAAAAACUAAAUAUUUUAUGGGAGGCGUAUAAGUCUCAGCUGGUCCAGUUCUCCGAGAAAGAGGCUUAAUUUAGUAUUAUUGACUGAUUAAUUUUCAUAUUCACUACUACUAUUACAUAAAACAAAAAACGAAAUAUGUAUGUAUAUGCAAAACUGACGUGUAUAUAUAUAUUAUAUAUAUGUAUAUGUAUACGUACGAAGAUAAGUUUAGUAACAAAGUAACGUUGACCAUCAUGGGUUUCAUAUAAGAGAAAGGCUUAGGCAUCCUGUUACGGUGAAAAUUGUAUAUUUUGUUAUUUAUAAAUUACAUUUAAUCAUGUCAUAACUUCAUAAAUUCUAUUGCCAUUGAAAAGACUACGUAUCACGGACUGGUGUCUAUCCUUUGCCAAUGUUAAGUGAAAAAAAUAAAUAAAAUAACUAAGAAAUUCAUACGCAAAAAGUAUUCAUGUAAAAUAAUAUUUAUUAUUUUGUACCGUGCCAGAUCUUAAUUUUUAUAUUUUCUUAAACAGAGUUAGAAAGAGAUAUGCGAUUAUCAUAGUGUUUUAAGUCGUCUUGGUUCCAAGGGAAGUGUACCAUACUGUACAUAUUUUAUUUUAUUUAAUUAAUGUAGUAAAAUAUCAACAUCUCUAAUAUCGUUGAUAUGUUAUCUUUGCGUUACAUUGUACAUACGUUGUUAAAUAAUUACAUUUUCUUAUGUACGUAUGUGGAUGAUUAUACAAAAAGCAUAAAUCACGUGUUAUGGAAAAUGUAUACUAAUGGAGGGCACACGAAUAAUAAAAUUAUUGAACAAGUUGGAAGAA